UUUUUUCCCUGGCUUCAGUUUCCUCACCUAAGAAAUGCAGACGUUCCAUUUAUCUGGGGCGCGGAUGAAAGAAACCAGGGGUGCUUGAAAACGCCCAGCCUGGGCAGCUGUGGGACAGUGCUCACGAAAAGGACCUUCCUCUGCUGUUCCUGUUACCCUACAAUAUGGGGUCGCAUAUUCAUUAGAAGCCUUUUGUGUGCAUUCCGGGGGUGGCUGAGCUCUGGGAUGGGCAGACGGUAGACGAACAAAUUGGACAGAUCCCCGCAUCCCCUAGUCUGAGGGAAGGAGCUCCCUGCUAGGAGCAAAGCCGGGUGGUGUGGGGCCUGUUCGCAGUGGCAGAGCUGAACAGUGUGCUCUGUCCAGGUCCCGUGACCAGUGCCGAAGUCCGCCUCUGUCAGGCGCCCUUCAUGCUGUCCGCAAGCCCGCAAGCUGGCUGAUGCAGCUGGAGCGGUUUAAGUGGGCGGCGGGGGAAGGGAGCUGUCCGGGACUGGGAUCCCACAGCCGAUGGAGGCGUCGGGAGGGCGGGGCAAGCCUUGGUAGGGGCAGGGCCCGUUGGAGGCGGCCUGGCUCGCCAGGUCCCAGAUUUAGGCUGGGGUGGGGCUGGGGAGAAGGCGUGGCAGAGAUGACAAACUCGGGGCGUGGCCCAAGGGGCGCAGGGUCUGCAGCGAGAAGUGGCGUGACCAAGGGCAAGAGUCCACAGCUGCGGGUCAGCUGAACCAGGCGUGAGGGAUUCCACGCGGGCCCUCCCAGGAAUCCCUGGGGCAGGGAGCAGGUCUCCUCUUCUGGCCCCUAGUGUGUGUUAUGCUUGUGGAGCUGACCCAUACAGCACCCAGCCCUGCCUAAAUUCGGGAGAGGGAAGCCCCACCCUGAGGAAGAAGCCAGGAAGGCUGUGGGCCUGUUUUGGAGGAGGCACGGCGUGGCUGAGCUCUGCAAUGCUGAACGUCAAGGCCAUCCCUGUGCUUGAGGACAACUACAUGUACCUAAUCAUCAAGGAGCACACACGGUUGGCUGUGGCCAAGGACAUGACGAUGCUCAAGAGGCAGCUGGAGAUUGUGGGCUGGAAGGGGGUAUCAUUGACCACCAUACUGACCAUUCACCAUCACUGGACCAGGAGCAAGGACAUGCAGAGAUGGAGUUAUCUGUGGCCUGGGCUGGUGCUGGACGCCAAUGAACACAUCUGUGCGCUGACCUACAGGCUGGAACAUGGUGAGAAAUUCCCCAUGAGCACGUGCCUUGGAGGGCCAGAAGGGUGCCGGGUCUGCCCACCUAACCCACCACCCAUCUGUGGCAGUUUGGUGCCAUUCUGUGUGCUGCCUCCUGAGGCCCAGCCAACCUCCAGCUACCUGAGCUACUUCCUGUGGGAAGACAAGUGUCCCCGACCUGCCUGUCCUCUUCUCCAAUACAGGUGCCCUGCAUCCACCUGCUCCAGCUUCUCUGACCCAUCUCCCUCCAACUGGCACCUAGAGAGAACGGCUCAGCAGAUGUACCAGAGCCUGGCAGAGACCCUGGGCACCCUGCCCCAAGAGAGUGAGUGGCCCGUCCCCUCUCCUUUCUUGGGGUCUAGCCUCCUAGCACAACCCACAGGUUGUGCACCUAACUUGUGCCAGGAGGACAGGGCAGGCAGGUUGGCUGGUGCUCUCAGACAAGGCCAUAGCAAGGACCUGCAGUUAUACUCGAAGAGGGGUGGGGAUGACAUGCCCUCAGUGCCAUCCCCUCUGGGGGAGGAGCUCCUCCACGACCCUUUUCGGAGGCUGGUGUGAGCCCAGUGUCCCGGGCCUCCCUGUGGGGCAGGCUAGGAGCGUAUGGCAAGGCCUGAGCUAGUGUGCCCUGGGAGGUCCUGUGCUCUCCCCAGGGGCUGCCCCUCAGAGCCAGCUGACUCAGCCAGCCCACAGUUUGUGGGGACUCCCUGGCAGUCAUUUGGACAUGGAGGGACGUGUCGGGGGACCCAUGUUAUCAGGCUGACUGGCAUUGGGGAGAAGCUGCUCGAUAAGUGUCUUUUGCCAGCACCUGCCCAGUAGUUCCCUUUGAGCUGCCACGGCACCCUGUCUCCCGGCAGAGGAGCCUGCGAAGACGCACUGGGAAGGUGGCCUCAGCUGAGGUCCUGGAGGUGCGCUGCAAGGAGCGGGCAGGCUUUGACCAGCAGGCUGAACCACGGCAGCCGCAGUCCCAGGCCCUCUUGGUGAUGCAGAAGGGUGGCCCUGAACACACCGUGAUCAAAGCGAGUCCCU